AUGGUAUUUGCACGAUCUGCCUUCCGCGCCGCCCGUCCCGCGAGCUCUCUGCUCAAGCAGAGCAGCGCGCCUGCUUCGGCACUGCGCGGGGCGUCGCUGGCCAAGACGGCGAGCCUGGGAGGUGUUCGCACGCUGACAGCGACUUCGUCGCGACAGGGCAAGGUUCUCCUCGUUCUGUACGAUGGCUUUGAGCACGCCAAACAAGAGCCAAAGCUGCUGGGUACCACCGAGAACGAGCUCGGCAUCCGCAAGUGGCUCGAGGACCAGGGCCACACUCUCGUGACCACCUCCGACAAGGAGGGCGAGAACAGCAAGUUCGACCAGGAGCUCGUUGACGCUGAGGUCAUCAUCACCACACCCUUCCACCCUGGCUACCUCACUGCAGAGCGCCUUGCAAAGGCGAAGAACCUCAAGAUCGCCGUGACCGCUGGUAUCGGCUCCGACCAUGUGGACCUCAACGCCGCGAACAAGACCAAUGGCGGCAUCACCGUCGCUGAGGUCACUGGCUCCAACGUUGUCUCCGUCGCCGAGCACGUCGUCAUGACCAUCCUGACCCUUGUCCGCAACUUUGUCCCAUCUCGCGAGAUGAUCAAGGCCGGUGAAUGGAACGUCGCCGCUGUCGCCAAGAACGAGUACGACCUCGAGAACAAGGUAGUCGGUACCGUCGCUGUUGGCCGCAUUGGUGAGCGUGUGCUCCGCAGGCUGAAGCCAUUCGACUGCAAGGAACUCCUCUACUUCGACUACCAGCCACUUUCGCCUGAGAAGGAGAAGGAGAUUGGCUGCCGCAGGGUCGAGAACCUCGAGGAGAUGCUCGCGCAGUGCGACGUUGUCACCAUCAACUGCCCGCUCCACGAGAAGACCCGCGGUCUCUUCAACAAGGAGCUGCUCAGCAAGAUGAAGAAGGGUGCAUGGCUCGUCAACACCGCCCGUGGCGCCAUCGUCGUCAAGGAGGACGUCGCCGAGGCCCUCAAGAGCGGCCAGCUCCGCGGCUACGGCGGUGACGUCUGGUUCCCACAGCCAGCGCCCAAGGACCACCCGCUCCGUUACGCCGAGCACCCAUGGGGCGGCGGCAACGCCACCGUGCCUCACAUGUCCGGUACCUCGAUCGACGCCCAGGUGCGAUACGCCACCGGUGUGAAGAACAUCCUCGAAUCGUACUUCAGCGGCAAGCAGGACUACAGGCCCGAGGACUUGAUUGUGCACCAGGGCGACUACGCCACCAAGGCGUACGGCCAGCGUAACAAGCAAUAG